GAUCCGAUGCAGCGGCCUCGACGAACAAUGCUCGCCGCGCUGCUCGCCGGCGCGGCGGCCUACACGCCGACGCACCUGCGCGGCGUGCUGACGGUCGCGAAAGCCCAGCUCGUCGAGCAGCAGCGCGAGGAGCUCCUGGACCGCCAGGAGGGCAUCGGCAGUUUGCUGGAGUAUGGCAAGCCAUUUGCCUACUACUACCGCAUCCUCGAGAAGCAGCGGCGGCGCGCCGAGGCCGUCACGGAGCUCCUCAACGACGUCAGCCUCGUCGAGCGGGAGAUCGACGGCCUCAUGGAGCGGCUCGAGUACGGCGAGGACCCGGAACAAAUUUUAAAGCACGUCGAGGGCGACGCGCUCCUCGGGCGGGUCCUCGACGAGUUCUCGCCGGCGACCUACGCCCGGGCGACGGAGCCCGUCGGCGCGCGGCCCUACGGCGCGACGCCGGCGCCUCUUCGGGGAUCCGCGCGGGGGAACCGCCGGAUUCGCUUCGAAUCGCCGCGCGCGCGCCGCUUCGACGGCCUCGUGCUCUCGUCGCCCCGGGGCAUCCCCAUCCUCGUGGGCCGCUUCGACGGCGCCACCGAUAGCGCCAUGCUCGCGUGCGCGGCCGAGGGCGACAGCUACUUCCGCGUCCGCGACGGCAAGGGCGCGAACGUGCUCCUGCGGACGAGCUGGGUACCGGGCCUCAAGGGCUCCAAGGCCUGCGCGUCCUUCGCCGCGGACGUCGCGGCCUGGUUCUCCGACAGCCGCUACGGCGCGGAGGUCGACGCGGGCGACGACGGCGACGGCUGGUUCGAGGGGCUCGACGUCGUCGAGGUCCUCAUCACGGACGCGGCGAAGCUCGCGCGGCGGGGCAAGCCGAAGAACAAGAUGAAGCCCGACAAGGGCAAGCGCACCUUCAAGGACAAGGAGAAGCUCGGCGUCCUGCGCGCGCGGCCCGCGAACGUCGCCGCGGACGCGGAGGCCUGGGAGCUCGCGACGGAGGUGCCCUGCUGGAAGCUGUCGCUCCAGUCCCGGCCGCUGACGGCCUGCUUGUCGAGGGAGCCGCGGUGGCGCACGACCAUGGCGUUGCAGCUCGCGAGCAUCAUGUCCGCGAGGUCCUGGCGGCCGAGCUCGAGGGCCAGGGCGACGGGGUCGACGCUGGAGCUCGACCGCGUCGACCGCGACACCAGCUCCGCCAUGAAGUGCCCGAACCCCGAGUGCGGGUCCAUCGACAUCGACUGGCAGGAGGCCGGCGGCGACGCCGUCUGCGUGCGCUGCGGCACGGUCUGCGAGGAGUCGACGAUCGUGUCGAGCAUCGAGUUCGCGGAGAGCGGCGGCGGCGCGUCGUCCGUCGUCGGCCAGUUCGUGUCCGCGAGCUGCACGAAGCCCUUCGGGGGCCUCGGCGGCAGCGGCUGGGGCGGGUCCCGCGGCGGCGGGCGGCCCCGCUACGGCUUCCUGCGGAGCUCGCGCGAGACGACGCUGGCGACGGGCCGGCGGAAGAUCGCGCAGGUCGCGUCGAGCCUGCGAUUGGGCGCGCACUUCGUCGACGGCGCGCACCGCCUCUUCGGCAUGGCGGCCCAGCGCAACUUCACGCAGGGCCGCAAGACGCUCCACGUCGUCUGCGCGUGCCUCUACGUCAUGUGCCGCCGCGAAAAGUCCGCGCACAUGCUCAUCGACUUUAGCGACGUGCUCCAGGUCAACGUCUACGCGCUGGGCGCGACGUUCCUCAAGUUCCGGCGCUUGUUGAAUUUGGAGCUGCCCAUCAUCGACCCGAGCCUCUACAUCCACCGCUUCGCGGCCAAGUUGGAGUUGGGCGACAAGUGCGGCGCCGUCGCGACGACGGCGUUGAGGGUCGUGCAGCGCAUGAAGCGCGACUGGAUCGAGACGGGCCGGCGGCCCGCGGGCGUCUGCGCCGCGGCGCUCCUCGUGGGCGCCCGGGCCCACGGCUUCCACCGGACCCAGGACGACGUCGUCAAGGCGUUGCGGGUCUGCGGCAUGACCGUCGCGAAGCGCCUCGCGGACUUCCAGGCGACGCCCGCGGCCCAACUAAGCCUCGCGGAGUUCAACCGGCGCUCCGACGACCUGGCCGAGGAGCACCCGCCGUCCUUCCAGCGCGCCGAGCGGUCCCGGGAGAACGCGCGGCGCCUGCAGCAGGGCCUCGCGCCGCUCGACGACGAGCCGCGGCGCGACGGCGCCGCGUGGGCGCCGCUGCCGCCGCCCGCGGCCGGCGGCGAGACGGCCCUCGUCGCGAGCUCGAGCGACAUCGUCGAGGGGUCCAUCGCCCUCGAGGCCGCGCCGCCGACGCGGACGUCGCGCGUCGGCAAGCGGCAGCGCGAGCUCGACUCCGCGCGGGAGAAGUGCUACGAGGAGAUCCGCGAGAUGCUGGAAAACGAGGACGCCGAGGCGCCCGCGACGAGCGCCGUCGCGGCGAAGGCGCCCAUCCCCCGCGACGACGACGACGACGACGGCGACGGCGACGAGGCCGAGGACGACUUCGCGGACGUCGCCGACGACGAGAUCGACGGCUUCAUCCUCACGGACGAGGAGGUCAAGCAGAAGUCGGAGAUCUGGACGACGAUGAACAAGGACUACCUCGCGCAGCGCGACGAGAAGGACAAGCUCGCCGCGGCGCGCGCGGAGGCGAGCGCGGGCCCCGACGGCGGGCCGUCGGACAAGGCGGCGAAGCGGGGCCGCAAGGCCUCGGCGGGCAAGGCCAAGGGCGCGCGCGCGUCCAAGGACUCGCGCACGGCCAAGGAGGCGCUCAUCGACGUCGUCGAGAAGAAGCGCUUCUCCAAGAAGAUCAACUACGGCGUCCUCGAGGGCAUCUUCGGCGACGACGCGCCCGAGCCCGCGGCGCCGCGGCCCCGGAAGCGCGCGGCCGUCGCGCCGGCGAGCACCGCGGCGCCCGCGGAGGCGCAGCGCGCGGAGAAGCGCGCGCGCCUCGCGUCCGUCGCCGACGAGACCACCGUCGAGGACGGCGCCGCGCCGCGCGCCGCGCACGCGGCCGCGGCCGCCGCGGCGCCGGCCGAGGACGACUACGACGAGGACGACUACGCGGGCGACGACUACGACGACGAGGACGACUACGGCGGCGAGGAGUACGACUAG